CAGGGCAGAUGUUUUGGUGAUUGUUUUUCUUCCAUUCCGUUAUGGUCGAACUUCUCGUUUUGGACUUGUAUCGAGAGAUGGCGCCACCGAUCCGUGCAGCGCAACGUUGGCGCAGCGCUGACGCGACGUGGAGCAGAAUAUGCUCGAAGUUCCUCGAUGCUCCUACCCGUUUCGAAGUGCGCGCGUUACUCAUCCACUCGUGACGUAAUCGCCAUCAACCAAUCACAUUACAAAGCGGCCUUUCUCUCUUCUCCUUGCCUAGAACAUUCACGGGCGUUCGAGGCUUCCUUGAAACUCACAUAAAAAGCGCUCCGCGGGGCUCGUCUGCUACAAAACAACUCGCAUUCGAUCGAGUCGUGUUUCGAGAGCGCUAACUCAGUCCACAUUCGACUACCUCGCUUCGGCAUCGAGAUGAUCGUCUUCCCCAUGGCUCCGAUCUUCACACCGAUGGACAGAAGUGCCUUCCCCGACUGCGGUUCCAUGAUAAGUCGGAUGUUUGACGGCAACGACUUCGACGGCACUUUCUUCGACGGCAUCGUACCUGUUGGACUCUUUGGGUGCCCGGAUGAUCGCCGCAGCUCUUAUAAGGCGUCCAGUUCAAAGUGUCCGGCCUCCGAGGUGUCCCUGACUCCGGACAACUUUGCGCUGAAACUGAACGUCCGGGGCUUCGUCCCCGAGGAGAUCAGCGUGAAGACCGUCGGAAACUCCGUCGAGGUGCACGCCAGGCACGAAGAAAAAGACCCCGAGGGACGUGGCUUCGUGAUGCGCGAGUUUCGACGCAAGUACACGCUUCCCGAUGACGUCGAUCCGGAAUCCGUGACGUCGCAACUCACAGGACGUGGCCUGUUGGCAGUCGAAGCCCCGAGGAAAAAGGCGGAGACGACACCACUGUCUGACACAGUCCCCAUCUCCGUGGAGCACACGUCUUCCAACGACGUACCAUCAACAUUGCAAGAAUCAAGUUAAGAAGAUACGAAGUUUUUAUUUUAAUUUAACGCCUGUGAUAAUUUUUUACUUCACCUGUAUACCUAUUUAAAAAGUCUAAUAAAUUAUUUUUUUUACAUAACUA